AUGUCGGCUCCAUCGCGGGAGAGAACGGGCGAAUCUCGAUAUGGAUUACGAGAAUCCGCAAAGGUCUCAGCUCGAUUUCGAGAGUACGCGGAGAGUGAAGCUGUACGACGUUCGCCAGCCAAACGUCGAUCUUCCCCACUAAAACGCCCUACUUCCAGCCAAUCGAAACCCGGCCCGUCACGUACCAGUUUACCGCCCGCCCGAGCCCUGCCACAACAGGAAUACGAUAACUUACGUGAUGACUAUGAGUUUGAGGAAACGAUCGCUGAAUCGAUGCCCAGCUACUCGGCCAGCAGUCAAUUUCUCGAUCAAUCUGCAGUAACGGUGGACAGCUAUGAUGCUCCUUUUGCCUACGAGAUUAAUGGAAGUGAGCCAAGAAUCGCCGUCGGCCGAGCCCCCGGUUCUUCAGAAGUGCGAAGCCGUCUGCCAAGACACCCGGGACUUUCCGAUAACAUUAACAACUAUCUAUACAGGAUGAAAAACGUGCUAAAGUUGCCGAAAGCUCGUCGCUGGGUGCACUGCGAGUUCUUCUAUUCGGCCAUCGAUGAUCAGCUGUUCAACGCGGAGAAUGAAUUUUCACAAUGCUUGCGGUGCAGUCCAGCAUUCUUGGAAGAGGAACGACACCAGCUCGAGUUGAAACGGACAAAGAUCCGCGCGGUUUGUAACGGGUCGAUCAACCUGCGAAACGACUUCGAUUUCCAAGACCUUCCCGCGUUGCUUCCGCGCCAGUUGGCAGUCGGUAUGAAAAUCCAUGCCCGAAUCCGGCACCCAAAAGACGGGAUUUACGCCGGCACCGUCGAUGCCAUCCUCCCCGAGGGGUAUCGAAUCGUUUUCGAGAGGGACGACCUACUGCAGCCGAUGUUUAUCCGCGACACGGAAAUCAUGACAGAUAAGAACGUCGAGCUGCUGCCACUCACCUAUUUCUUGGAGCAGAAUCAGGCGGCUCUCCCAGCUCCACUAAAAAUCUCGGGCACCCCAUUAUUACCCGGUGGAAAGAUUCUCAACGACCGAACGGCCAGCCAGAGAAAUGACCUCAUCAUGGCCACCGCCACAAAAACAGCUCGGCACCUCGGCAGCACCCGGGAAGACCGACGAGAAAGUCGGCAACUUUCCCGUGCGCCUGCUGGUGAUUCUCGUCAAAUAUGCGAAGCUGAUCGACUCAACAAUGAGGCCGAGAAAGUGAAGAUGAUGCAGUGCGAAUACAAUAUCAAUUUUCAAAAUAAGUACGCCGAAGUGGUGAUGGAAAUCGAGCAGCUGAACAAGCACCUCAGCAACUACAUGCGCGGUGUCCAUGACUAUCACAAUCAACUGUUGCCGCAGUUAUCCGAGGUGGCCGUGAUUUCGCGACCGGAGGCCCUGCGCAAGGUCAGCACUUCCCAAGCGGUUCAGAUUGUCAAGCACUGCCGUAACCAGUUGGGAAGCCGCCAGCGCACCACCAAGGCGAACGAGCUGAUCACUGGAUUGACCAGCCUGCUCCUACAAGUCCGGCAACUCGGGCAGCAGAAAUGUUCAGCAAUCGACCUAGAAUCGAUAAAUGACACGAUAGAGGAGUUGAGAGCACAGAUUGCUCCAGUCAAUUUACGCGCUUUCGAGGACCACGUUGAGGUCCACAUCAAGCAGAUCCACACGAUGCUCCUGCAAAGCAAUAUUGUC